CCAGAUGUGGCUGCCUUCAGUUCAGUCGCUGAAAAUGAGGAUGCACUCCUCAAGCACUUAUUUCAAGGCUAUCAGAAAUGGGUCCGCCCCGUGGAAAACUCCAACGACACCAUCAAAGUGCUUUUUGGGUUAAAGAUAUCACAGCUUGUGGAUGUGGAUGAGAAGAAUCAGCUGAUGACAACCAAUGUGUGGCUGAAGCAGGAAUGGGUCGAUCACAAGCUCUCCUGGAAUCCAGAGGAAUACGGUGGGAUCACCGCCAUCCGUGUCCCUUCUGAGUCCCUGUGGCUUCCCGACAUUGUUUUGUUUGAAAAUGCUGAUGGACGUUUUGAAGGAUCCCUGAUGACCAAAGUCAUAGUGAAGUACAAUGGAGUGGUGACCUGGACGCCACCGGCCAGUUAUAAGAGCUCCUGCACGAUGGAUGUGACCUUCUUCCCCUUCGACAGGCAGAACUGCUCCAUGAAGUUUGGGUCAUGGACAUAUGACGGCAGUAUGGUGGACUUGAUUUUAGUGGAUGAAAAUGUAGACAGGAAAGACUUCUUUGAUAAUGGGGAGUGGGAAAUCUUAAAUGCCAAAGGUAUGAAAGGCAACAGGAAGGAUGGGCUGUACUCUUACCCAUUUGUCACUUACUCCUUUGUGUUGAGACGCCUUCCGCUGUUUUACACUCUUUUUUUAAUAAUCCCUUGCCUGGGAUUGUCAUUUCUAACUGUCCUGGUGUUUUACCUGCCUUCAGAUGAAGGAGAAAAGCUUUCAUUGUCUACAUCAGUUCUAGUCUCCCUUACUGUUUUCCUUUUAGUGAUUGAGGAAAUAAUCCCUUCUUCUUCCAAAGUCAUCCCUCUGAUCGGUGAGUAUCUGCUGUUCAUCAUGAUUUUUGUGACCCUCUCUAUCAUCGUGACUGUGUUUGUUAUCAACGUCCACCACCGCUCCUCAGCAACUUAUCAUCCCAUGGCUCCCUGGGUUAAAAGACUCUUCCUCCAGAAGUUGCCUCGGCUGCUCUGCAUGAAGGGCCAUGUAGAUCGUUACUCCUUCUCAGAGACUGAAGAAAAGAAAACCACCUUGAAAUCAAAGCUCCCGGGGAGGCAGAAAUACAAGCAAGCAAAAGAUGGAGAGAAAAUUGUUAUUGCCUUUCUGGAAAAGGCAGCUGAGUCCAUUCGAUACAUUUCCAGGCAUGUUAAAAAGGAACAUUUCAUCAGACAGGUAGGUGAAGGGAGGGCAAGGAGGAAUCACAGUUUCCUUGACAGCAAGGGCUUCCAACUCUUACCUUUUCUGCAUGCCUUUCCCUUUGCCUCUUCCUCCUGCUCUCACCUGAGGAACUUCCCCUGCUUGAUAAAUAAUACAUUUUUUGGGAAAAUGCAUUGCUUCAAAGGGAACUGUAUUGUGCUGUGAGAGUCCCUGCUCUUCACAAACAGAAGAGGCCACAGCAGCCUCUCCUGGAGGAGUUCCUGUUUUGGGAUUAUUUGA